UCUUCUACAUCAAAUCAGUGAAUGCUGGAGGGGCCAGUGAGCAGAGCGAGGCAGCUCUUAUCUCCACCAGAGGUACAAGGUUCCACUUCCUCAGUGAAACGGCCAGCUCACAGCUGAAGGUUUCAGAGGACAGGAACUCAGUAGAGUACCCACAUGACCUCUACAAUAAAAUGUCCUCUAUCAUAGACUGCAGAUUUGAGCUGCUUCAUGACAGCGUGGAGUCUGACAUCUUUGUCAUGGACAUACCUGUGCGGAUCUGCACUCUGUUGGACUACAGCCAGGGUCAGCUCUUCUUCUUUAAUGCUCAGAACGGGCAGCUCUUGGGCACUUUUCGGCAUGCCUUCACUCGGUCCUGCCACCCUGUGGUUGUCCUGGAGUAUCUGGGGAGUCUAGAACUAAAAAUGACCACGGAGGUGCCAGAGUUUGUUAAGCACUGCUAGUUUACUCCAUUGAAGCCUCAAAGCUCUGGGCUUGCUUGUGCCACAGAAAAUGAAUCAAGUGAUUCUUACUUAAUAGUAAUCAAAUGAAACAAUACUGUGCUGAAGAAUUGCUCAGUUCUAAGAAAUGGUGUGACUGAAGAGAUUAUGAGGAACAUAGUCAGGGUGACUAAAGGCAGUUUGCUGAAGGUAAUGACCAGUAAUGUGCAGGCAUGUCCAAAGGAAAACAAAGCCAAAACCCAGACAUUUUAGACAGUUUCAAAAUCCCAGCAAGGACAUUUCCAGGAAAAAGGACAUUUGGUCACCCUAAUUUACUUUUGUGAAAGGAAGGAUUGUUUUUGAAGCUGUGCUUUUAAAUCCCUCCAGAGCUGUUGCGCUGUUUUUGUAUACUGUAUAUGAAACAGAAAGUGCAUGCAACCGGUGUUGUUAUUUCUCAUACAGUAUUUGAUCACAUGAUGUGCAGACAUUCAUAUUUUAUUUUAGAGACUACAGGUUUCCAGGUUGUUUGAAUAAAAUGAAUAGAUGUUGGCAUUGCUACUAACAUGCUUUCAUUGCUGAAGUCUCCCUCGGCGGAGUUACGUGUUUUAAGAUGAUGGACAAGGCAUCACAAAUAAGUGAUGAAAAUAUUUAUUUUUCUGUGGUUUACUGUAUUUAUAUUUGGGUGAGUAAAGAGAUUUCAGUUUUCACUUCCAAUGGAUCAUCACAGUAUCAUGUGUAUAUUAUAUAUAUAUAUGCUGCUCUUGAAAGC